AUGGCGGACAUCACCGAUCCCUCUGGUGGCCUUGACCAUGCCUCUCCUGGCGAUGACCUAGCGGGCAAUGGAGUCGAUUCGCGAGGCACCAAGAGACCUCGAGCAUCCAUGGCAGGCGACGACGAUGACGAUGACGACGAGAAAGGCGGCAGAGAACGCAGAAAGAUCGAGAUCAAGUUCAUUCAAGACAAGUCGCGCCGCCACAUCACCUUCUCCAAGAGAAAAGCUGGCAUCAUGAAGAAGGCGUACGAACUGUCUGUACUUACUGGCACUCAAGUGCUUCUGCUGGUCGUGUCAGAAACUGGUCUGGUCUACACCUUCACGACCCCCAAGCUGCAACCUCUCGUUACCAAAGCUGAGGGCAAGAAUCUCAUUCAGGCAUGCUUGAACGCGCCCGAGCCCUCCGGCAACGAGAAUGGUGUCGACGCUCCUGAUGAUGUUCCCUCGCCCGAAGAUGUUCCUCCGAUGCCUCCUGCGGCUGGUGUUCCCAGAGCUGCACCUCAUACUGGCUAUGCCAUGACUCCGGAACAACAACAAGCUAUGUACUACCAGCAGAUGCAACAACAAAAUCAAGGUGGCCAGUAUGGCGGCAUGCCCCAGAUGCCUCAACAUCAACGUGCAUAG